AUGAUCCGAUUAGAUGAGGAGAGCUCAGAGAUUCCCAGGAUUCAGUCUGAACAGCAGCAUGACCUGGACUCCAUAUUCAUGGUGCUGGAGGAAAACAUCAGCACUUUUGUGAAGAAAGAGCUGAAGAAGAUCCAGAAGGUUCUGGGUCCAGAUUACCCAGAAUGCUCAGAGAGUCAGAGAGAGGAUGAGGAGGAGUUGGAGGAUGAAGAACAGACGAGGAGCAGAGAGAUGUUUCAUCACAUCACAGUGUUGUUCCUGAGGAGGAUGAAGCAGGAGAAGCUGGCUGACCGUCUGCAGAGCAAGCUUUUUGCUCCAGUUUGUCAACGUAAACUCAAAUGUGACCUGAAGAACAAGUUCCAGAGAGUGUUUGAGGGCAUCGCUAAAGCAGGAAAGUCGACUCUUCUGAAUGAGAUCUACACAGAGCUGUACAUCACAGAGGGAGGGACUGCAGAGGUCAAUGAUGAACAUGAGGUCAGACAGAUUGAAGCAGCAUCCAGGAAAGCAGACAGAGCAGAGACAAGCAUCAGAGCAGAAGACAUCUUUAGAGGCUCACCUGGAAGAGAUGGACCAAUCAGAACAGUGAUGACAAAGGGAGUGGCUGGCAUCGGGAAAACAGUCUUAACUCAGAAGUUGACUCUGGACUGGGCUGAAGACAAAACCAACCAGGACAUCCACUUCAUGUUUCCAUUCACUUUCAGAGAGCUGAAUGUGCUGAAACAGAAAAAGUUCAGCUUGGUGGAACUUGUUCAUCACUUCUUCAGUGAAACCAAAGCAGCAGGAAUCUGCAGCUUUGAAGACUUCCAGGUUGUGUUGAUCUUUGAUGGUCUGGAUGAGUGUCACCUUCCUCUGGACUUCAAGAAAAAUCAGGUCCUGACUGAUGUUAGAGAGUCCACCUCAGUGGAUGUGCUGCUGACAAACCUGAUCAGGGGGAAGCUGCUUCCCUCUGCUCGCCUCUGGAUAACCACACGACCUGCAGCAGCCAAUCAGAUCCCUGCUGUCUAUGUGGACAUGAUGACGGAGGUCAGAGGGUUCACCGACCCACAGAAGGAGGAGUACUUCAGGAAGAGAUCCAGAGAUAAGAAGCAGGCCAACAGCAUCAUCUCCCACGUGAAGACAUCACGAAGCCUCCACAUCAUGUGCCACAUCCCAGUGUUCUGCUGGAUCACUGCUACAGUUCUGCAAGAGCUGCUGAGAACCACAGAGGGAGGAGAUCUGCCCAGAACCCUGACUGAGAUGUACAUCCACUUCCUGGUGGUUCAGGCCAAAAUCAAGAAGGUCAAGUAUGAUGGAGGAGCUGAGACAGAUCCACACUGGAGUCCAGACAGCAGGAGGAUGAUUGAGUCUCUGGGAAAACUGGCUUUUAAUCAGCUGCAGAGAGGAAACCUGAUCUUCUAUGAGUCCGACCUGACAGAGUGUGGCAUCGAUGUGGAAGCAGCCUCAGUGUACUCAGGAGUGUUCACACAGAUCUUUAAAGAGGAGAGAGGGCUGUACCAGGACAAGGUGUUCUGCUUCGUCCAUCUGAGUGUUCAGGAGUUUCUGGCUGCUCUUCACGUCCAUCUGACCUUCAUCAACUCUGGAAUCAACCUGCUGGAAGAACAACAACAAAAGACCUCCAACAAACCUGAUCCAACACGUUUCUACCAGAGAGCUGUGGACGAGGCCUUACGGAGUCCAAACGGACACCUGGACUUGUUCCUGCGCUUCCUCCUGGGUCUGUCACUGCCAACCAAUCAGGAUCUCCUACAAGGCCUGCUGACACAGACAAGAAGCAGCUCACAGACCAAUCAGAAAACAGUGGAAUACAUCAAGAAGAAGAUCAGUGGGAAUGUGUCUGCAGAGAGAAGCAUCAAUCUGUUCCACUGUCUGAAUGAACUCAAGGAUGUUUCUCUAGUGGAGGAGAUCCAACAGUCCCUGAGAUCAGGACGUCUGUCCACAGAUAAACUGUCUCCUGCUCAGUGGUCGGCUCUGGUCUUCAUCUUACUGUCAUCAGAAGAACAUCUGGACGUGUUUGACCUGAAGAAAUACUCUGAUUCAGAGGAGGUUCUUCUGAAGCUGCUGCCAGUGGUCAAAGCUUCAAAGAAAGCUCUACUGAGCAGCUGUAACCUCUCAGAGAGAAGCUGUGAAGUUCUGUCCUCAGUUCUCAGCUCAGAGUCCUCCAGUCUGAUAGAACUGGAUCUGAGCAACAACAACCUGAAGGAUUCAGGAGUGAAGCUGCUUUCUGUCGGACUGAAGAGUCCUCAGUGUCAACUGGAAACUCUCAGGCUGUCAGGUUGUCUGAUCACAGAGGAAGGCUGUGCUUCUCUGGCCUCAACUCUGAGCUCCAGAUCCUCCACUGUGAGAGAGCUGGACCUGCGCUACAACCAUCCAGGAAAGAAAGGAAAGAAGAUGCUGUCUGCUGCUCUGGAGGAUCCACACUGCAGACUGGAGACUCUCAGGAUGGAACCUGCUGGAGUCCGAUGGAUGACACCAGGUCUGAGGAAGUAUUCCUGUGAACUGACAGUCGACACAAACACAGUCAACACAAACCUCAAACUGUCCAAGAACAAGAACAAGGCAACAUAUGUGGCAGAAGUUCAGUCGUAUCCUGAUCAUCCAGACAGGUUUGAUGUCCAGCGUCAGCUGCUGUGUACAACUGGUCUGACUGGUCGCUGUUACUGGGAGGUCGAAUGGAGUGGAGAGAUUGAUGUAGCUGUGAGUUACAGAGGAAUCAGAAGGAGAGGAGGUGGUGAAUACUGUAGGUUUGGAAGAAAUGAUCAGUCCUGGUGUCUGUACUGUACUGAUCUUGGUGAUUUCUCUGUCUGGCACAACAACAGAAGAAUAUCACACACCUCUGCAUCCUUGCUUUCCAGUCUACGUAUUGCAAUGAAAGUGUUUCUUUCUGAAGUCUCUGACAGAGUAGCUGUCUAUGUGGACGUUCCUGCUGGAACUCUGUCCUUCUACAGAGUCUCCUCUGACUCUCUGAUCCACCUCCACACCUUCAACACCACAUUCACUGAACCUCUGUAUCCUGGGUUUAGGUUUGGGAGUAACAAUGACUUUGAGAAACCAUUGUUUGGUUCCUGGGUUUCUCUGUGUUGAGUUUAACAAACAGAAUCUCCUCCUGUUAGACAAACUGUCCCUGAACAGACAGUUCAGUCUCUGUUGGUUAAAAACACAUUUUCAGAUUCACGUAAUAAAUCAGUUUCUGUUAGAAAGUGAUCUACAGAAGGAAAGACGACUUUAUGAACCGUGAACAUGAGUUUGGUGUCAAUCCAGACUUCAUCCUGAUUCUAUUUUUCACUUUGUGACAUCAUCACCAAAUGAGACUGUAACCUGUGUGUGAUGUCAAAAUGUGAAUGAAAUAAUCCUUUACAACAACAUUUAGACGUCAGCAGUCCACAUUAAUGUUCAGAGGUUGAUGUUUGGGUGGAACUGCAGCUAAAAGGAGUCUGGGUGAAAAUACAAGUUUCAGAGG